GGGCAACAUGAAAAAGCCACAAUCGUGCCUGGAAAAAAGUGCCUGUUGCCUCAAGCUGAUCUUAUUCAUGUCUUCCAUUCUCGCUCUUGCUGGUCAUGCUAUCAUCAGUCGUCCUUGCUGCCACUGUAACCGCCACUGUCGCAUUGCCUGUGCUUGUUAGCUCAAUUAUUCGUCGUCGCAGGAUUAUAGAGAGAAUUUCUCUCAUUCCGCAUGACAAAGAACGCGUUGUGAUCAUCGGGGCAAGCUCAGGGAUUGGAUUAGAGUUAGCGAGGAUCUAUGCACAUCGUCAUGCACAUCUCGUUAUCGUUGCUCGUAGAGAGGAGCUUCUAGAACAGUUGGUGCAAGAAUUAGGUACCAUUGCAGGAUCAAUACACGCUGUACAAGGGGAUAUCACUGCACCUGAGGAUGUCCGUAGAAUUACGAUUGAGUCUUUAGGCGCGUUGCGUGGGGGCAUAGAUACAUUAAUUAUUUGUGCAGGAGUAAUCUCAGUGCUGCCUUUCGAGGAGCUGGCGGGAAUCAACUGUACAACUGCAAACAGAACCUUGAGCUCUGACAAUGCCGAAUACACACAUCUGAUACCCGCCAACCCUCAAGCGGCGUUGGAAGCAUCUAUUAAGAUUAUGAAUGUCAACUAUCAUGCACCUCUCAAUCUGACUAGCCACUUUCUCCCUGCAUUAAUACAAACCAGUUCUGCCGGGAAUAUUAUUGUGGUUUCAUCCAUGGCUGGCAAGAUUGGAGCACCCACACGCUCCAUCUACUGCGCCAGCAAGCAUGCAGCGCAGGGAUUUUUUGACGCAUUGGGAAUGGAAGUUGAACGAACAGGGGUACAUGUUGGAAUCGUGUCUCCGGGCACUGUAGAUACUGAUCUCCGUCAAUCUGCUGUAGAUUUGCCUAAAUCAGAGGCAUAUGACUUGUCAUCAUCUUCAUCAGCUCAAGCCAAUACUUCCAGAUCUGAGCUCAAGAGGAUUGCAGGCACGAAAAAGGGUGCGAUGACAGCGCAUGCGUGUGCAGAGGGGAUUGUUCGUGCAUCGGAUUAUCGACAGCAUGAUGCAGUUAUGCCAUGGUUCUACCAAAUGAGCCUAAUACUCAAUCUAAUCAGCCCUCCGUUAGUUCGAUGGCUGGCCAAGAAGAAGUAUGGUUAUCUGUAAAAUAGUGUCAUGCUUUCAUUAAAAUAAACCGUUCAACAUUAUGGAG